AUGGGGAAUUGCUGUGGAACGGCUGGAUCUUUGAUUGUUAAUGAAAAGCUAAAGAAAGGUUUAAAACUUGCAAAUCCUUUCUCCAUUGACUACGGUCACCGCCACGAUGGCGAGAAGCUUGUUGUCCUCAAGGAGCCAACGGGUCGAGAGAUCAAGCUGAGAUACAAAUUAGGUCGGGAGCUAGGUCGAGGAGAGUUUGGUGUAACGUAUCUAUGCACAGACAACGAGACCGGAGAUGUUUUUGCGUGCAAAUCAAUCUUGAAGAAGAAGCUGAGAACGGCUGUGGAUAUAGAUGAUGUUAGGAGGGAAGCUGAGAUCAUGAGGAUUAUGCCUGAGCAUCCAAAUAUUGUCACGUUGAAAGAGACUUAUGAGGAUGACAAAGCUGUGCAUUUGGUUAUGGAGCUUUGCGAAGGUGGUGAGCUUUUUGAUAGGAUUGUGGCUAGAGGUCAUUACACGGAGAGAGCUGCAGCUUCGGUUGUUAAGACAAUUAUGGAAGUUGUUCAGAUGUGUCAUAAGCAUGGAGUAAUGCAUAGAGACCUAAAACCUGAGAACUUCUUGUUUGCAAACAAGAAAGAAACUGCAUCUCUAAAGGCCAUUGAUUUUGGUCUCUCUGUUUUCUUUAAACCAGGUGAGAGGUUUAAUGAAAUUGUUGGGAGUCCAUACUACAUGGCUCCUGAGGUGUUAAAGCAGUGUUAUGGACCAGAGAUUGAUAUUUGGAGCGCAGGAGUAAUCCUUUACAUAUUGCUAUGUGGUGUUCCACCUUUUUGGGCAGAAACCGAUCAUGGAGUAGCCAAAGCGAUUCUUCGGUCUGUGAUUGAUUUCAGAAGAGACCCCUGGCCUAAAGUCUCUGCCAAUGCAAAGGAUCUUAUCAAGAAGAUGCUUCAUCCAGACCCAAAACGUCGUCUCACAGCUCAACAAGUCCUUGAACAUCCAUGGAUACAAGAUGGUAAGAAUGCUCCAAAUGUUUCAUUAGGUGAAACCGUAAGAGCAAGGCUUAAGCAAUUCACAGUUAUGAACAAGCUCAAGAAAAGGGCACUCAGAGUUAUAGCUGAGCAUUUAUCGGAAGAAGAAGCAUCAGGCAUCAAAGAAAGGUUUCAAGUGAUGGACACUAGCAAUAGAGGAAAGAUUACCAUCGAUGAGCUAAGAAUCGGAUUGCGUACACUAGGAAUUAUCGUUCCUCAAGAUGACAUUCAAAUCUUGAUGGACGCGGGAGAUGUUGAUAAAGAUGGAUACUUAGACGUUAAUGAGUUCGUAGCCAUAUCGAUACACAUCAGGAAGAUGAGCAGUGACGAGCACUUAAAGCAAGCCUUUACGUUCUUUGACCAAGACAAGAGUGGUUACAUCGAAAUAGAGGAGUUACGAGAAGCCUUGGCGAAUGAAUUUGAUAAAACUAGUGAAGAAGUUCUUGAAGCCAUUAUACUUGACGUUGAUACCAAUAAGGACGGAAGAAUAAGUUAUGAAGAGUUUGCAACGAUGAUGAGAACAGGAACGGAUUGGAGAAAAGCUUCGAAGCAGUUCUCGAGGGAUCGGUUUAAGAAUCUUAGUUUCAAGCUGAAGCAAGAUGGGUGCUUGCAGUUUAAUAAUGGCAAUACAGUGUAG